CCCCUUCUUCCACUUUACCAUCAACAAAACAGCAAAAUUCAGUGUCUCUUUCUUAAUUCAAACUUCACGAAAUGAGUUCAAGUAGCAGAGCGUGGAUCGUGGCAGCUAGUAUUGGAGCAGUGGAAGCAUUGAAAGACCAAGGCGUCUGCAGAUGGAACUAUACUGUAAGGUCAGCCGUGCAGCAUGCCAAGAACCAUCUCCGGUCUGCUUCACAGGCCAAGACUCUCUCUUCUCAAUCCUCCGCUGCAAUUUCCAAAGGACUCAAGUCUAAACAAUCUGAAGAGUCUCUGCGGACGGUCAUGUACUUGAGCUGUUGGGGUCCCAACUGAACCAAUUCUUUACAGCAAACAUCCUUUGAGUGAAUUGCUGGUCAUUUCGAUAAGGUUUGAGGACUGAGCCAACAUACUCAUUUGGGUUGUAUAAUUAAUGUAAAUAGCUUUCUAUCAUCGUAUAUAACUUAAUGAAAGAGAAUUUUGCGAA